CGCCGCGGGAGGAGGCGGCGGCAUGGGGGCAGGCGCUGGCGUCGCGCGAGCCCGGGCCGGAGCGGCGCGCUAGAGCCCUGACGUGCGCCCUUUUCUUUCUUCUUCUCGGUCUUCUCCCGGCCGCGGAAAGCAUGAGCGUGCAGACCCGCCGCUGCGGCGGUCGCCCCGGCUCCUCGCUCGCGCGUCCCCUGGCCGCCGGUCGCCGGUGAGGGCCGCGAGCGCGCGCCGAGCGGGGAAGAUGGGGGCCGUGCUUAGGAGCCUCCUGGCCUGCAGCUUCUGCGUGCUGCUGAGAGCGGCCCCUUUGUUGCUUUAUGCAAACAGACGGGACUUGAGAUUGGUUGAUGCUACAAAUGGCAAAGAGAAUGCAACGAUUGUAGUUGGAGGCUUGGAGGAUGCAGCUGCGGUGGACUUUGUGUUUGGUCAUGGCUUGAUAUACUGGAGUGAUGUCAGUGAAGAAGCCAUUAAGCGAACAGAAUUUAACAAAACUGAGAGUGUACAGAAUGUUGUCGUUUCUGGAUUAUUGUCCCCGGAUGGGCUAGCAUGUGAUUGGCUUGGAGAAAAAUUGUACUGGACAGAUUCUGAAACUAAUCGUAUUGAAGUUUCUAAUUUAGAUGGAUCUUUACGAAAAGUUUUAUUUUGGCAAGAGUUGGAUCAACCCAGAGCUAUUGCCUUAGACCCAUCAAACGGGUUCAUGUACUGGACAGACUGGGGAGAAGUGCCAAAAAUAGAACGUGCUGGAAUGGAUGGUUCAAGUCGCUCUGUUAUAAUAAACACUGAAAUUUACUGGCCAAACGGACUGACUCUGGAUUAUGAGGAGCGGAAGCUUUAUUGGGCAGAUGCAAAACUGAAUUUUAUCCAUAAAUCAAACCUGGAUGGAACAAGUCGGCAGGCAGUGGUUAAAGGUUCCCUUCCACAUCCUUUUGCCUUGACGUUAUUUGAGGACACACUGUACUGGACUGACUGGAAUACACAUUCUAUUUUGGCUUGCAACAAGUAUACUGGCGAGGGUCUGCGUGAAAUCCAUUCUAACAUCUUCUCUCCCAUGGAUAUACAUGCUUUCAGCCAACAGAGGCAGCCAAAUGCUACAAAUCCAUGUGGAAUUGAUAAUGGUGGUUGUUCCCACUUGUGUUUGAUGUCUCCAAUCAAGCCUUUUUAUCAGUGUGCUUGUCCAACUGGGGUCAAGCUUCUGGAGAAUGGAAAAACCUGCAAAGAUGGUGCCACUGAACUGUUGCUCUUAGCCCGACGGACAGACUUGAGGCGCAUUUCUUUGGAUACACCAGAUUUUACUGACAUUGUCCUGCAGUUGGAAGACAUCCGGCAUGCCAUUGCCAUAGACUAUGACCCUGUAGAAGGCUAUAUCUACUGGACUGAUGAUGAAGUGAGGGCCAUCCGUCGUUCCUUCAUAGAUGGAUCUGGUAGUCAGUUUGUGGUCACUGCCCAGGUCGUCCAUCCUGAUGGUAUUGCUGUUGACUGGGUUGCAAGAAACUUGUACUGGACAGACACCGGCACUGAUCGGAUAGAGGUGACGAGGCUCAAUGGGACCAUGAGGAAGAUUCUGAUUUCAGAGGACUUAGAGGAGCCCCGGGCUAUUGUGCUAGAUCCCAUGGUUGGUAACCCUCCUUUCCACCAUAAACUGAAGGUCAUGAAUACCGAUGGCACUGGGAGGCGAGUGCUAGUGGAAGACAAAAUCCCUCACAUAUUCGGGUUCACCCUGCUGGGCGACUAUGUUUACUGGACUGACUGGCAGCGGCGGAGCAUCGAAAGAGUACACAAACGAAGUGCAGAAAGGGAGGUCAUCAUAGACCAGCUGCCCGACCUCAUGGGACUGAAGGCCACAAGUGUUCACAGAGUCAUUGGUUCCAACCCCUGUGCUGAGGCAAAUGGAGGAUGUAGCCAUCUUUGCCUCUAUAGGCCUCAGGGACUUCGAUGUGCCUGUCCCAUUGGCUUUGAGCUCAUCAGUGACAUGAAGACCUGCAUUGUUCCCGAGGCUUUCCUUCUGUUUUCGCGGAGAGCAGAUAUCAGACGCAUAUCUUUGGAAACAAACAAUAAUAAUGUGGCCAUUCCUCUCACUGGUGUCAAAGAAGCUUCUGCUUUGGAUUUUGAUGUCACCGACAACAGAAUUUACUGGACUGAUAUAUCGCUGAAGACUAUUAGCAGAGCCUUUAUGAAUGGCAGUGCACUGGAACAUGUGGUAGAGUUUGGCUUAGAUUAUCCAGAAGGCAUGGCAGUGGACUGGCUUGGGAAGAACUUGUACUGGGCAGACACAGGAACAAAUCGCAUCGAGGUAUCAAAGUUGGAUGGACAGCACCGACAGGUUUUGGUAUGGAAAGACCUUGACAGUCCCCGAGCUCUGGCAUUGGAUCCUGCUGAAGGAUUUAUGUAUUGGACUGAAUGGGGUGGAAAGCCCAAGAUUGACAGAGCUGCUAUGGAUGGAAGUGAACGCACUACGUUAGUUCCAAAUGUGGGGCGAGCAAAUGGUCUCACUAUCGAUUAUGCUAAAAGGCGGCUCUACUGGACAGACCUGGACACUAACUUAAUAGAGUCUUCAAAUAUGCUUGGACUCAACCGUGAAGUUAUAGCAGAUGAUUUGCCUCAUCCUUUUGGCUUAACUCAGUACCAAGAUUACAUCUACUGGACUGACUGGAGCCGACGCAGCAUUGAACGAGCCAACAAAACCAGUGGCCAAAACCGCACCAUCAUCCAGGGCCAUUUGGAUUAUGUGAUGGACAUCCUGGUCUUUCACUCCUCUCGGCAGGCAGGGUGGAAUGAAUGUGCCUCCAGCAACGGGCACUGCUCCCACCUCUGCUUGGCUGUACCAGUUGGAGGUUUUGUGUGUGGAUGCCCUGCCCACUACUCCCUGAAUGCUGACAACAGAACCUGUAGUGCUCCUACUACCUUCCUGCUCUUCAGUCAGAAGAGUGCCAUCAACCGCAUGGUGAUUGAUGAACAGCAGAGUCCUGACAUCAUCCUGCCCAUCCACAGCCUUCGGAAUGUCAGGGCCAUUGAUUAUGACCCUUUGGACAAGCAGCUCUACUGGAUUGACUCUCGACAAAACAUGAUCCGAAAGGCACAAGAAGACGGUGGCCAGGGUUUUACUGUAGUUGUAAGCUCAGUUCCAAAUCAGAACCUGGAAAUACAGCCCUAUGACCUCAGCAUUGAUAUCUAUAGCCGUUACAUCUACUGGACCUGCGAAGCUACCAAUGUCAUUGAUGUGACAAGAUUAGAUGGCCGAUCAAUUGGAGUGGUUCUAAAAGGCGAGCAAGACAGACCUCGAGCCAUUGUGGUGAACCCCGAGAAAGGGUAUAUGUAUUUUACAAAUCUUCAGGAAAGAUCUCCUAAAAUUGAACGGGCUGCUUUGGAUGGGACAGAACGGGAGGUCCUCUUUUUCAGUGGCUUAAGUAAACCAAUUGCUUUGGCACUUGAUAGCAGGCUGGGCAAGCUCUUCUGGGCUGAUUCAGAUCUUCGGCGAAUUGAAAGCAGUGAUCUCUCAGGUGCCAACAGGAUAGUGCUAGAAGACUCUAAUAUCUUGCAGCCUGUGGGUCUGACCGUGUUUGAAAACUGGCUCUAUUGGAUUGAUAAGCAGCAGCAAAUGAUUGAAAAAAUUGACAUGACUGGUCGAGAAGGAAGAACCAAGGUCCAGGCUCGAAUCGCUCAGUUGAGUGACAUUCAUGCAGUAAAGGAGCUGAACCUUCACGAAUACAGACAGCACCCUUGUGCCCAGGAUAAUGGUGGCUGUUCCCAUAUUUGCCUUGUAAAAGGAGAUGGUACUACAAGAUGCUCUUGCCCCAUGCACCUAGUUCUGCUUCAGGAUGAGCUGUCUUGUGGAGAACCUCCAACAUGUUCUCCUCAGCAGUUCACUUGUUUCACUGGGGACAUUGACUGUAUCCCUGUGGCUUGGCGGUGUGAUGGCUUUACUGAAUGUGAAGACCACAGUGAUGAACUCAAUUGUCCCGUGUGCUCAGAGUCUCAGUUCCAGUGUGCCAGUGGGCAGUGUAUUGAUGGCGCCCUUCGGUGCAAUGGUGAUGCCAACUGCCAGGAUAAGUCAGACGAGAAGAAUUGUGAAGUGCUUUGUUUAAUUGAUCAGUUCCGCUGUGCCAAUGGCCAGUGUGUCGGAAAGCACAAGAAAUGCGACCACAACGUGGACUGCAGUGACAAAUCUGAUGAGCUGGACUGUUAUCCAACUGAAGAGCCAGCACCACAGGCCACCAACACAGUCGGUUCAGUUAUUGGAGUAAUUGUCACCAUAUUUGUAUCUGGAACUAUAUACUUUAUCUGCCAAAGGAUGCUGUGUCCUCGUAUGAAGGGAGAUGGGGAGACUAUGACUAAUGACUAUGUGGUUCAUGGCCCAGCUUCUGUGCCCCUUGGUUACGUUCCUCACCCAAGCUCUCUGUCGGGAUCUCUUCCAGGAAUGUCUCGAGGAAAAUCAAUGAUCAGUUCCCUCAGUAUCAUGGGGGGGAGCAGUGGGCCUCCCUAUGAUCGAGCACACGUCACAGGAGCAUCGUCAAGUAGUUCUUCCAGCACCAAAGGCACUUACUUCCCUGCAAUUUUGAACCCACCACCAUCGCCUGCUACAGAGCGAUCUCAUUAUACCAUGGAAUUUGGUUAUUCUUCCAACAGUCCCUCCACACAUAGGUCCUACAGCUACAGGCCUUACAGCUACCGGCACUUUGCACCGCCCACUACACCCUGCAGCACUGAUGUCUGUGACAGUGACUAUGCUCCUAGCCGGAGAAUGACCUCAGUGGCAACAGCCAAGGGCUAUACCAGUGACUUGAACUAUGACUCAGAGCCUGUGCCCCCACCACCCACACCCCGCAGCCAAUACUUGUCAGCAGAAGAGAACUAUGAGAGCUGCCCUCCUUCUCCGUAUACCGAAAGGAGCUACUCGCAUCAUCUCUACCCACCGCCACCCUCCCCCUGCACAGACUCCUCCUGAGGAGGGGCCCUCCUCCUCUGACUGCCUCCGCCGGGAAAUGUAAAUACACAUCUGGUUGAGAUCUGGAGGGGGGGAGGGAGCUAUAAAGCAGAGUGAGGCAGACCCUGUACAGUUAACAUUAUAAAGUGGGUGGGGUACUGGAGAUAUUUGUACAGAAGAAAAGGAUAUUUAUAUAUUUUCUUAAAAGAGCAGAUUUGCUGCUUGUGCCAUAAAAGUUUGUACAAAAUAUAAAUUUGUACUAAAAGUUUUAUUUUUGCAAACUAAAUACACAGAGCAUGCCUUAAACCCAGUGAAAUGACUGAGCACAAAGGAGACAGGGAUAGCAGAGGCAUCACUGAAAGGGAGUGUCUGGGUUUCAAUGAUACCAAAAACUAAAG